AUGCUCGCACUCUCCCUCACCGCCAACAAUGCGCGUGCGCAGAUCCACGCAGGCUAUGACCACGAAGAAAUGCCUCCGCUCGUCGAUCGGCCGCCCAUCUCUCACUGUCCUCCCUCCAUCUUCUUCAACUUCUCCAACCUACCUCCUCCCCCAUCCACAUCCGCAUUCAUAUCCGGAUUCAACUCCACAUCGGUCAAGGGAUUAGACGUCGACGGGUCGGAGAGCGAUAUGCCUCCGCUCGUGGAGAGACCGAGGGGGCAGAUGGAGUACACCUUCAUCAACACUAUCGAUAACGAGACACAACAUGUCAACGACGGCAGUUACAUCAGUAACAAUAAUAAUAACACAAACUACAACCAACAACAACAACAUAACGCGCCUCUGACUAUCGCGACACCCUCUCGCGACGCGUCGAGUCACGGUUAUGGAUAUGGACACGGAUACGCGUAUGGCCAAUUCGAGGUCAUCACAUCCAACAAUAACUAUUCGCCCUCUCCAUCCAGCCACAACCACAACCACGCGUACUCUUUCCCCGCAUCUUCAUCGAUGCUCACGCUCUCGCCAUCCACACCCGGCGCAACCUCUUCAUUCUCCGAGUUUUACGCGAGCCCUUCACCGAUGAUGUCGCCCGUGUCGCCCGAUCAUUCUCAUGCAUCGCCUUCUUUCGCGUUCGCUGUUCCGCAGGGUCAACAUACCGCGGUACCUACGUCCAACUCUCCCGCUCUAUCUUCUGCUCAGGCUGUAGUCGCCCGGCUUUCCCCUGCUCCCCCUCCACCCUCUUCCUCUUCCUCACCCUCCAACCCAAACCCUCCUCCAUCCCAAUCAACCGAAACUCAAACUCAAACCACAUCCACAUCCACAUCCACAUCCACAUCCACGCAACCCCAACCCCAAUCCCGCCCCCGCCCCCGCACGAAAAAACCCCCCCGCGACGACGGCUACAUCCCCCGUCCGCCGAACGCGUUCAUCAUUUUCCGGAGUUCGUUCAUCAAGUCCCGUGCGAUUCCGGGGAGGAUCGAGGGGAGACAUAGUUCGUUGAGUAAGAUAUGCGGCCACGUAUGGAAGAAACUCCCCCCUCACGAACGCGCGAUCUGGGACGCCAAAGCCGCAGACGCGCUGGAGGCGCAUCGGGCGCGAUAUCCGCAUUGGAGGUUUUCGCCUGGUGAUAAUAAAGCCGCUGCGGCCUCUGCUUUGUCCAUGUCGAUGUCUUUGAAUAGUAUGCACGCCGAAGGGAAUGGGGGAGAGAAUGGGCAGCAGGGGGAAUGGGAUUGGGGGGGCGUUGGUGUGGAUGAGGGCGGGAGUAGUAGUGCGAUGCCAAAGAAGAAGAAGGGUAAAGGUGGGAAGGCUAAGGGCGCGCAAGGGAAGGGCGCGAAAGGGAAGGGCAAGAAACGUAAGAGGGGUGAAGAGAUCGAAGCAUAUUCAGACGCACAUCAUGCGGAUGACGCAGAUGCGGAGAAUGGGGAGGACGAAGACGAGAGUGCACGGGCGAGGACGAGAGCACGGAAGGACGAUGUCGCCACCGCCACCGCCAAUGUCGAGCCCUCGAUUGAGAUAGAAACAUCGUCUCCCGCUCCUGAGAACCCCGCCGCCAACGACGACCACGCCCACGCCCACUCUACCACAAGUCUUCCCCCGGCAUUAACUACGAAACCCCCCACCCAUCCCCAUCCCCAUCCCCACACUAAAUCAAACCAACACUCCAACCCCCCAACUGCAGCCUCGACCGCAGCCUCGCACACCCGUCGCGACGAACGCUGCGAACAGAUCGCCUCUUUUAUCCAUCGAGGAUUGAAAGGUGGGGAGUUGGAGAGGGCGAUCUGGGAGUGGGAGGUUGAGAGGGAUGGAGGAGUCGUUGAGGUGGAUGGAGUAGAUGGAGUGAACGGGGGAGAAAGGGAAAGCAGGGAGGUGAAGAGGGAGCGAUCGCCUUCUGUCGCUUUCGAGGAAGGGCAUCAGCCGUCGGCGAAUUCGAACUCGAACGCACAAGCCAAAGCCGAAGCCGAAGCACAAGUACAAGACGAACAGUCCCAAGCACAAGUCCCACAAGAGCAGCCUCAAGUGCCACUGACGGCCAUGUACAUGCGACGAGGAUCUGUCGAUUCGAUUCAGGCUCAGGUGCCGGUAUAUGAGAAUGGGCAGAUGCAGAUGCAGAUACAGGCUGGUCAGGUCGGUCAGAGCCAGAUGUAUGCGCAGGGUUAUACGUGGAACGAGAUUCCACAGCAUAACUCUUACACCACGAAUCAACCAUACGCCACCGUCACCGCCACACCCUACGUCCAGGUCCAGGAUAACAUCACCACAUCCAGGCCACCGUUGUCGACGUAUUCGACUUUGACGGGUUGGGCUGGACAAGCGUCUAGCCCUGCUCCCGCCACGACGCAACAAGGACAAGGACAAGGACAAGGAACAUACGGCACUUCGACCUACGCGACCGCGAACGCGGCCUUCUUCUCCCCCGACGCAUCCUCUAGCUCUUCCGCCUUUGGCAAUACUACCGACGCAGCUUUCGCACUCGCAAACGCCACAGCCGACGCCGCCCAGUACGCAAACGCCCGCCCGUCGAUGACGCCCGAUUUAUAUUAUUCCGCUUCGUCGCCGGAGGAGUCGUCGCCUGAGCCAUUUCCGUAUCCGCCUUUCACUGCACCUUCGAGUGCGGCUACGAACGGGUAUGCGAGUCAGGGCGGGUGGGGUGCAGAGGCGUGUUCGCAGAGUCAGGGUCAGUAUGGGUAUGGGUACGGAUAUGGGCUGCAAGGAGAGGGGCAGGCCGUGCCGGAUGUGUGGGGGAAUGGGUAUGUAAGCAUGCAGGGAUCUGAGGGCGAGGUGGAUGGGCCUUAUGGCCAUGGUGCGUAUCAACUGGAUGCGGGGUGGGGGGUGUGAGUUUCCAAUGGUGGUAAAGGCGGGAAUGGUGGCGAGAUUUUCUCUUUUCUCUUUUCUUUCUUCUUUUUUUUCGUUCUGGAUAUUUAAACUGGAACAAGGACCGCUUGUUGUACUUCUAACUUCUAACUAUACACCCACCCCCGCCCUUCGGUGAAGGUGGCGGGAUGGGAUGUCCUUUUUUUCUUCUCUGUCGGUCUAUCUAUCGUAUGCGUCUUCCUUUCCUCUUCCUUUUCAUUUUCCUUCGCGUACACGAUGCGUCUUAUGCCUCUUGCUUUUUCUUUUUGCUCUCCCAUGCUUUCAAAUUUCUUUCCCCACGUCGUACACGUCCGGAAACGUUCUUCCUUCCUUUCAUUCUAUCUUUUUUUUCUCUCUCUCGCCGGAUACACAAACGCACAGUGCACUGCUAUCCUCUCUAUCUCAUCUGUCUGAACACGCGGAAUAUACUCAAUAUGCAACUAUACAUGUUGUAUUUCUUUUUUCUCCCUCUCUCUGCUAUCUCUGUUAUUUCUAUCCAGAUCUCCGCUCAUUUCUAUCUCCGGUGGAUGUGGAUGUGGAUGUGGAUGUGGAUGUGGAUGUGGAUGUGGGUGUACUUGUAUGAUUAGGAUCCUUUGUUGUGCGUUAACGGGUGUUGUGUGUUAAGUGGUGUUGUGUUUCGUCGUGUCGCGUCUUCUCGUAUGAGUCCCUCUCCAUCUCUAUCUCGGACAAUCUGAACUAUCCAGUGUUAUGUGAAA